AUGAUUGCAGAGUGUGUCUGUAAAGCGGGACAGAAAUGGAACACCAUUUUCAGCUUUUCUGUUAGUAGACAAGGAGAGGAGUUGCAGGUGGCUGAGUUAAGACUCCAUCUCUCCAGGCCUGAGAGAAAAUUUCCCUCCCUCAGUGGUCCAGUUUGGGUAGGCUUAUUUCACCAGCAGGAAGAAACUUGCCAAAGUGGUCACAACAGCUCACACACUGUCCAUUUGGGCUCCUUUACGGUGCCCCCGUCGUUCCCUUCAUGGUGGCUAGCCUUGGAAGUCUUGCAGCAACUCUCCGAGUGGUUCGCCAAUAGCAGCUCAAAAGAAUAAUUUCAGUAUGAUCAAAUAAGGUGGAAGCACAAUCUCAAGAGAGUGGCCACGUGCUGUGGUCUGCCAGCAAACAAAGCAUUCUUGGUGCUGUUCUCCAGGUUUUCCAAAGGAGAGAGAGAAGUUAGCAGCUCAGCCUUGUUUCAAAGAGUGAACUUGAAAUACUUUAUCUACAAGGCUUCCAAAGACCCCCUCUGGAGCACAAAGAGACGCAGGCGUCACAAUAAGCCCCUCAACUCAUCUUUCCUGAACUCAGAAGAAUGGGAAUCCAAAUACCUGUGCCAAAAAGUGGACUUCCAUGUAGAUUUUGAUCAGAUAGGCUGGGGCUCUUGGAUUGUAUACCCCAAGCAGUACAAUGCCUUCCACUGUGAGGGGAAGUGUCCUGUCCUGCUGGAUGAGGGAUUUCAACCCACAAACAAUGCCUACCUACAGAGUUUUCUAAAAUAUUUUUACCCAGAACAAGUUCCUGCCUCCUCCUGCAUACCAGUAAAACUGAGACCACUUCGCCUGCUCUAUUAAGAAGGAAGGCUGAGUAUUGGUCACCACGAGGAGAUGACCGUAGAAGAAUGUGGCUGCCACUGA